AUGAAGCGUUUACUGAUUAAACGAAUUUUUCCUUAUAAGGUAAGAUGAAUAGCUACAAAUGAAAUGAAGAGGAACUCUGUGGUGUAUAGGUUAUACCGAUUGAUAGCCGGGAACUGGUAUUCCAUUAAGUUAUGUUCUUAUGACAUGAACUUAUCGAGAAUGUCGAUCAUUUCAAUCGAUUAUUUAAUUUACAUUUAACAUCUUUUGACUUUCAGAAAAUAAAAAUUUUUAUGUUAUAAAAGCAAUUAAUAUAAAAUUUAUAUUAAAUAAAGUAUGCAUGUGAUUUCCAUUUCUUUUUUUUAACGAAUAUCAUUAACGGAUUUAUUUACUGUUAAGCAUUGUGUUAAAAGAGGAAACUUUUUAUUUCGAAUAAUUUUAAAUUGUUAUUGUAUAAUUCUUAACAGUUAUUCAUAUACUACAUGAUGAAACGUUCUUCCCUUAAUAUCUUCGUACGUAUCGAUAAUAGUAUAAAUCAUUGUUCUAUAAAUAUAUAUAACAAGAUACUAAUAAAUACGAUGUUUGGAAGAUGUAAUAAUAUUGAUGUUUUCUUAGAGAAAGGAAUAUAUACAGAUUUGACAUCUUCUCAACAACAAUUCGGAGCCUCUGAUUUCGCGCCAUAUGAUUUCAAACGUUCGAGACUUGCAGAGAACUUCAAACAGUAUUGCAGUAUAUCCCCCCACACUUCCGCAGAAAAACGCUACAUCGUGCCUGCAUUGAAAGGUGCAGUGAAAGAAACAGAAGGGUUAAUUGUGUGUCAGUUUGUACCUAAUUUUCCGAGACAUGUAACGAAUAAUAGUGACGAGGUUACAAUGCAAGACGAUAUUUUCCCGGCUGCAGAGAAAAUCCUAUCCGACAUCGAAAAUGUGGUGAAGAAGAAUCCGUCACUGAAAAGUUUCGAAAUAAUCCCCGCGGAAGACAAUGAGAACAAAUCACCUGUAUUCCAUCAGGAGGACUGCCUUGGGUUGGCGUCGUGGUGCGUGCAACCGCUAUACUGCUACGCUUACCGCCGACUCUUCGAACUUCGACAAAAUAAACACAGGCGCGAGGAGCCAAGCACAAUAGCAAGAUGGUUGUUGGGCGCGUUGUUAUUGAAUCCGGAUGUUACAACAUUUUGGAACAUGCGACGAGAGCUGGUAAGGAGUCACAAAUUGGAAGCAUCCGAGGAAUUCUUUUUCUCACGAUUGGUGCUCUACCAUAAGCCGAAAUGUUUCGAGGCGUUCGCCUAUCGACGGUGGUUACUGUCGUACAUAUUGAACAGUAAGGACGGACAUUACGAUCCAGAAUCUGUGGAAUCGCCACUCUGUAGGGAAUUGGAUAUAGCGACUACGUGCGCGGACAGAUACGCGAGCAACUAUCACGCCUGGAGUCACAGGCGUCAUGUAAUUACUCUUCGCGAAUCGCGUGGAUUUGCUUACCCAACGUUGGAAACAGAAUGGAAGAACUCACUGGCCUGGUGUCAACGACACGUGUCGGAUUACAGUGGGCUUUCCUAUCGACAGUUCCUGCUGAAUAAGUACAUGUUUGAGUUGAAGGAACUACCGAGGGAAUCGUUUAUAAAGUGGCCGGACGUCGGGGAGCAAUGGAAAGAGGAACUAUUUGCUUACAUUAAAUCGAACAUCAGUGAUACAGGGGACAUGCAUCAAUUGCAGAGGUUAUACGACUGGAUGAAUGCGGAAUUCAGGGCGAUAACUUCGUCGAGAAGGAGGCAACGUCAGACAACGUAUUUCCGUGCUUUGUCAUAUUGGCUGGAGGAAUGCCGUGCGAAUGACAGUACCAUUUGCACGUAUAACGAUCACGAGGCACUCUGGUGUCACCGUAGAUUCCUAGCGUAUCUUCUCUUGCGUUUCAUGGCGUCGAAUCAUUCUUAUCACGAGGAUGAGACUUAUGCCGACGGCCGAUCUGCCGACGAAUCGGCCGAGAGGAAGAAUGUUCAAAAAUCAUUGACGAACGAUGUGACCGUGUGCCAUGAUUUUCUCGUGCAAGCGUUUCGCGCGCGCACCAACAAGAUCGCUGAUCUCGCCAUCAAACGAGAUCAACACGAGAAGAUGCUGGUCGAGAGGUUCUUUAAAUUUCUCCAAAGUAUUGGGUUUGAGAUUAGAUCGUGAUCUUGUUGAGCCAAGGUUCUAUUUUUGCACGGCGGAUAUACGCAACGUAUGCGCAAUAAUCGACAUGCAUCGAUAUGCCACUGUAAAAAAAAAAAAAAAUCACGCAAUAACUCUCUUAUUCUGUAUU